GCUUGGGCUCCUCCGUGAGCCGCGGGCGCGCUGCGCUGCUUGGCGGCCUCUCCCCGAGCCGAGCCCGCUUCCCGAGGCCGCCAGUCGUCGCCUGCCCGCGCCUGCGCAGCGUCCCGGGCCGAGAGGGCCACGGCGGCGGCCAUGGCGCACCGCUGUUUGCGGCUGUGGGGCCGGGGCGGCUGCUGGCCCCGCGGUCUACAGCAGCUCCUCGUGCCUGGCGGCGUGGGCCCGGGCGAGCAGCCCUGCCUCCGGACGAGACGGGGUUUUGCCUCUUCGCCCAGGCCGGAGUGCAGCGGCGCAAACACAGCUCACUGCAGCCCCAAACUCAAGCGAUCCUCCCGCCUCAGCCUCCGGAGUAUCUGGGACUACAGCACCGUGGUUGAUUUUUAAAAAGUUUCUGGAGAGGCCAGGCGCGGUAGCUCACGCCUGUAAUCCCAGCAGGCGGGCAGAUCACGAGCUUUACCGAUUUGUUACAACUCAAGCAAGGGCCAGCAGAAAUUCUCUUUUGACAGAUGUAAUUGCUGCUUAUCAAAGAUUCUGUUCUCGACCCCCAAAAGGAUUUGAAAAAUACUUUCCUAAUGGAAAAAAUGGAAAAAAAGCUAGUGAACCUAAAGAAGUUAUGGGAGAGAAAAAAGAAUCAAAGCCAGCUGCUACCACACGCUCUUCUGGAGGAGGAGGUGGUGGCGGUGGAAAACGAGGUGGCAAGAAAGAUGAUUCUCACUGGUGGUCCAGGUUCCAGAAGGGUGACAUUCCAUGGGAUGACAAGGAUUUCAGGAUGUACUUCCUCUGGACUGCUCUGUUCUGGGGUGGAGUCAUGUUUUACUUGCUGCUCAAGAGAUCCGGGAGAGAAAUCACUUGGAAGGACUUUGUCAAUAACUAUCUUUCAAAAGGAGUAGUAGACAGACUGGAAGUCGUCAACAAACGUUUUGUUCGAGUGACCUUUGCACCAGGAAAAACUCCUGUUGAUGGGCAAUACGUUUGGUUUAAUAUUGGCAGUGUGGACACCUUUGAACGGAAUCUGGAAACUUUACAGCAGGAAUUGGGCAUAGAAGGAGAAAAUCGGGUGCCUGUUGUCUACAUUGCUGAAAGUGAUGGCUCUUUUCUGCUGAGCAUGCUGCCCACGGUGCUCAUCAUCGCCUUCUUGCUCUACACCAUCAGAAGAGGGCCUGCUGGCAUCGGCCGGACAGGCCGAGGGAUGGGCGGACUCUUCAGUGUUGGAGAAACCACUGCCAAGGUCUUAAAGGAUGAAAUUGAUGUGAAGUUCAAAGAUGUGGCUGGCUGUGAGGAGGCCAAGCUAGAGAUCAUGGAAUUUGUGAAUUUCUUGAAAAACCCAAAGCAGUAUCAAGACCUAGGAGCAAAAAUCCCAAAGGGUGCCAUUCUCACUGGUCCUCCAGGCACUGGGAAGACGCUGCUAGCUAAGGCCACAGCUGGAGAAGCCAAUGUCCCCUUCAUCACCGUUAGUGGAUCCGAGUUUUUGGAGAUGUUCGUUGGUGUGGGCCCUGCUAGAGUCCGAGACUUAUUUGCCCUUGCUCGGAAGAAUGCCCCUUGCAUCCUCUUCAUCGAUGAAAUCGAUGCGGUGGGAAGGAAGAGAGGAAGAGGCAACUUUGGAGGGCAGAGUGAGCAGGAGAACACACUCAACCAGCUGCUGGUGGAGAUGGAUGGUUUUAAUACAACAACAAAUGUCGUCAUUUUGGCCGGCACCAAUCGACCAGAUAUCCUGGACCCUGCGCUGCUUAGGCCGGGGCGUUUCGACAGGCAGAUCUUUAUUGGACCACCAGACAUAAAAGGAAGAGCUUCUAUUUUCAAAGUUCAUCUCCGACCUCUAAAACUGGACAGUACCCUGGAGAAGGAUAAAUUGGCAAGAAAACUGGCAUCUUUAACUCCAGGGUUUUCAGGUGCUGAUGUUGCUAAUGUCUGUAAUGAAGCUGCGUUGAUUGCUGCAAGGCAUCUGUCAGAUUCCAUAAAUCAGAAACACUUUGAACAGGCAAUUGAGCGAGUGAUUGGUGGCUUAGAGAAGAAAACACAGGUUCUGCAGCCUGAGGAGAAGAAGACCGUGGCAUACCACGAAGCAGGCCAUGCGGUUGCCGGCUGGUAUCUGGAGCACGCAGACCCGCUUUUAAAGGUAUCCAUCAUCCCACGUGGCAAAGGACUAGGUUAUGCUCAGUAUUUACCAAAAGAACAAUACCUCUAUACCAAAGAGCAGCUCUUGGAUAGGAUGUGUAUGACUUUAGGUGGUCGAGUCUCUGAAGAAAUCUUCUUUGGAAGAAUUACAACUGGUGCUCAAGAUGACUUGAGAAAAGUAACUCAGAGUGCAUAUGCCCAAAUUGUUCAGUUUGGCAUGAAUGAAAAGGUUGGGCAAAUCUCCUUUGACCUCCCACGUCAGGGGGACAUGGUAUUGGAGAAACCUUACAGUGAAGCCACUGCAAGAUUGAUAGAUGAUGAAGUACGAAUACUUAUUAAUGAUGCUUAUAAAAGAACAGUAGCUCUUCUCACAGAAAAGAAAGCUGACGUGGAGAAGGUUGCUCUUCUGUUGUUAGAAAAAGAAGUAUUAGAUAAGAAUGAUAUGGUUGAACUUUUGGGCCCCAGACCAUUUGCGGAAAAAUCUACCUAUGAAGAAUUUGUGGAAGGCACUGGCAGCUUGGAUGAGGACACCUCACUUCCAGAAGGCCUUAAGGACUGGAACAAGGAGCGGGAAAAGGAGAAAGAGGAGCCCCCGGGUGAGAAAGUUGCCAACUAGAGGCCCAGAGGGAGGCCAUCUCAGUCUGUCCACUGUGGUUUCAGCUGGUGCAUUGUUUCAGCUGGUGCAUUGUUUCAGCUGGUGCAUUGUUUCAGCUGUGGCUUUCAGAAGAAUGGGAACGCUGUGCUGAUUUUAGCCAGCCACUGGCCCAGCUGAAAUGAUGGGGAAAGGAGUCCUUAGUCCUUUCAGCCUCAGAGGUCACAGUGGGUGGCAGGUGACUUUCCGGAGGCCUUGAGGGAAAUGCACACUGUCCCAUAGCCUCAUUGGGCUCCCAGACGUGCUGGAAAGGUUGAGCCCAGAGUGGCCGAGGCUGGACCCUGUGGCACCAAGUGGGGUCGGCUGACCGUGUGGCAGGGAUCGUUGCACUGGACUCUUGGCGUGUGGGAAGGGAUGCUUUCUCUUUGUCGCCCACUCUUCAUUCCUGUUUCUCCUCAGUUCCCCUGUGCAGAUGGGCUGUGAAAUUAAAUUGGAGUCCUGAUAAGAACAUUUUAAUUUGACUUAAUAUUUUAAAGAUUGAAUCCAGAUCACUUGUUGCUGUCUUAAUGGAAUGGUUUUCUACAGGAGCUGUAACAUACUUAAAAAUAUGAAUGUAUUAUGUAAAUAUGGCUUCUUUACAUAAAAAAUAAAAUGUCAACACUGUA